AUGGAUGGCGACCAACGUAUGAAGCAGCAUGAGAGGUUGAUGGCACGAUCUGGGAAUAACACGGCCGGUGGUCGUGCAACUGAUCAUUUCGAGCCGACUAUGCACCCACGUGGAGAGCCAACGGGGAUGUCGCAGGCGCCAGAGCGGGCUCAGAUGUCCUACGACUACGGAUACACAAGCGGCUCCUUCCACGGCGGUUCACUACAGCCCCACGAGGUGCCUGGUUACCCACCAGAAUUUACACGGUCUCGCCAGGGAGUAAUGCAGCAACAAGCGCAGCAUCAACAUCAACAUCCACAACAAUCUCGGCGCCGGGCACCACACAAUCCUGCGCCGCCGUUCGUACCGUACGAGUCGGCAAUGCUGUACGGCUUCGGUCAGCAGGGUCCAGCACAAGGACCCUUCGACGUUGUUCCACAGUACUCGCCACGGCAAUCUGCAGCGAUUGAAGCGCUGUCGAACCAAUUUGCUGUUCCACAAUAUUUCACCCCAGAAGAGUCUACCGCUACUGGGGUCCCAGCUCUUUCAACUUACCUUGGUACGCAACAAAUGCCAUAUAAUCACCCCGGUCCCAUGGCACGCCCGAGCACCACCCAGCCCUUUCCCGCUACUAUGUCCGAUUUCACUCCGAUCGGUACCGCGGGGUCGAGCCGAUUGGACCCGCCCAGCCAUCAUUCGGAUCCUCCCCAGCAGCAUGCUUCGGAUCUUUCCUCUCUCGAGGAAGCUUACUCCCAGUACCAACGCGCCUUGCGCGGCACCUUUGAUUCAACACGUACAGGACGAUUGGUGGAAGCGAGUCGAUCACUAUUGGAAAUUUCCGAGUGGCUUGUGACUAACUCACGGGAUCUUGGAAUCCUACGCGACGACCAUCUUUCUUACCCUGACCGCCUAGAGCUGUGGAAAGAAUUCAAUAUCUGUUGGCUGGCUGUCUGUCAGAAACAGAAAGAUCUAACCCAGGAGUAUAUUGCGGGCCAUCAAUCCUCGCAAUUUAGUCUACUUCCUCGAGAUCGCAUGGAGGCGAUGGGGAAAGCCCUGAUUCAGCUUUGUGAUCAAUUGGAGCAACACGGCCUAGUUGAUUACCAGAUGGGGAUUUGGGAAGAGGAGAUCCUCUGUGUACUGGGUCAAUGCCUCGAUCUACUGGAAAGCAAACCCGAACUACGGAUGGCAGCCGUUCCUGAACCACCCACAGCAGCCCCGCGGCCUUGA